GACAUUUCGAGACUUUUUUCUCGCGAAAAAGUCAGGCUUUUUCACAGAAAAUAUGUUCAGCAAGUCAAUUCUCUUCUGCCUUUUGGUUUUGGUAUUCAAUGUUUUUGGAGCUAACUUUGAAAAUGAUCAGGAUGUAAUGCGUCCCCCAUUCCAAGCCCUUAAACGUGGUAGUUUGUCAAACAUGAUGAGAAUCGGAAAGCGACAAAUGUCUCGACAACAGGAAUACGUACAAUUUCCAAAUGAAGGUGUUGUGCCGUGUGAGAGCUGUAAUUUGGGAACACUUAUGAGAAUUGGACGGAGAUAAAUGAUAACGAUUAUUUGAAUUUGAAUUUGUUUAAAUUUGCAUUUCGUUUCGUUUUUCUCUCUCUUAUAAACUGGUCCAUUCUCUCGUUAUUCAUUAUUUCUCAAUCGUUUGAUGAAUGAAUUCAUUUGUU